CUAUAUGAACGCUGAAUAACAGACGAUCGAUAGUAGGAAUCGAGGUAAACCUCCGACAUCGACAAUCAUGUCUUUUAUUACACGUCUACUAUUCGGCUGCUUGGUCUUGGCCAUUUCAUCACAAUAUGCUGACGCGGAAGAUAAUCCUCUCUUGGAAAACAUUAAAGCAUCCUUGCAACGUCUCGAGGGUAUAGUUUCUAAGCAAGCAGAACGACCUACAUUGACAUGUUUUGUGCCAGUCGAAAAACUAUCUAACCUAUUUUCAGAACAACAAAUAUCUAAUAACGAAGACCAGGCCAAAUCUAUUGGGAUAAGUCCUAAAGCAUUGGAUUCUUAUAAUGAUAUUCACCAGCCUUCAGUGCCAAAAAGACAUAAAAAGAAAAGUAGAAGCCUCAAUGACAAUACAAACGCUAAUGUUAAUGAGAACGUAAACAAGAAUGUUAACGCUAAUCGAUAUCAUAGACGUUCUCUCGACCCUCACUUCUCUAAUGCCAAUCAAAAUAUUAAUAAAAAUGUUAACUCGAAUAGCAACGUAAAUAGAGAUAUAUUUGACUUCAGUGAUGAAUAUGAGGAAGUUUAAAUAUAAACGCACUUCAGUUACGCAAAAAGAUUGUUAAAUAUGUCUAAGUUUGUUGCAUCUAUUAUUGUAAUUAUCUAAAAUUUAUCGCAA